UGCGACGGCACCUUCAGGGGCACCGAGGUGAACCUGAAGAACCAAGGGCUGUCGGGGACGAUCCCUUCGCAGCUGGGCAACAUAUCGCAGCUGACGUACCUUAAUCUGAACGGCAACUCCAUCUCGGGCACCAUCCCUCCAGAUACGAGCAAGCUCUCGCAGCUGCACUCUCUUUACCUGUACGACAAUGACUUCUCGGGCACCAUCCCUCCGGAUACGGGCAAGCUCUCGAAGCUGACUACGCUUAGUCUGCACAGCAACUCCAUUUCGGGCACCAUCCCUCCGGAGAUUGGCGGGCUCUCGCUGGAUCAUCUUGCCCUGUACAACAAUGACAUCUCCGGAACCGUGCCGUCG